GGCAAGCAUAUCAGCUCCCAGAGAAGCAGUUCUGCUAUAAAACCAUGCAGAAGGAAAGGAUGAACCACUUUUCCAGGUGGUUAAUGGGCUAGUUAGCUGUUGGGGAGGAGACAGCCAGGUCUUCACCAGAAACCAUACUGAAACAGGAAGCCCAUUUUCCUGAAGACAGCCUGCCAAGCCCAUGAAAGAGGAUUCUCACUUGACAAAGCCACCCUAGCCAACCCCGAUCCCACUUUAGGACCAAACCCUCUGCCCAAUUCUGAUGCAGAAAGCCGAAAAGGACAAAAGGAAAUCAGCAGUGUAAGAAUAACCAGACCACUAGAACCUUUUUGUCUCUUGCCUAUCCAUUCACAAGCCACAUGUUGGUUCUUGUUUUAUCGAAACAAUGUUAUAAUCAAAAGAACAACAACACCCACACACUCUCAAUUCUGACCCCAUGUGCAACUGACCAAAUCCCCGUCCAUCCAAUCCCCAUUACCUUUCAUGCACGAUAAAAAGAAAUUAAAAAAAUAAUAAAACGGAAAAAAGUAAGCAACAAUAGCAUAGAAUAGAGAAGAUUGGAGAGAGAAAUGUUGGGGAAAGAAUCGGGUGGUUCGACCUUCGAUCUUCCCGAGGAAGUCUUGCAAGUACUACCCUCUGAUCCAUUCGAGCAACUCGACGUGGCCCGCAAGAUCACCUCCAUUGCACUCUCCACGCGCGUCUCCUUACUGGAAGCUGAGUCUUCUUCCCUUCGGCUCAAGCUCGCCGAGAAAGACCAACAAAUCGCCGACCUUUAUGAACAGAUCGACUCCCUCGAUGCUUCUUUGUCUGAAACCUCGGAUAAACUCGUUAAGGCCGACCAGCAGAAGGCGGGCUUGAUGAAAGAUAAUGCUUCGCUUUCCAACACUGUAAGGAAGCUUCAGAGAGAUGUUUCCAAGUUGGAGGUCUUUAGAAGGACACUUAUGCAGUCGCUUCAAGAGGAUGAGGAAAGUUCUUCAGGGGGUCCCCAGAUCAUUGUGAAGCCAACACCAUCAGAAGAUGAUGUUACUUUGCCUUCAAGAACUUCUUCAAUGCGCAGCCAAUAUUUUGAUAUGGGAAAUUCAUUAGUGGAGGAUCGUGACACAGAUGCCUCACGACCUGGUAUACCACAUAGCAUCCUGCUAGCGUCACAAAUAAGCACACCUCGGCUAACUCCUCCAGGUUCUCCACCAAGUUUGUCAGCUUCUGUAUCUCCCACAAGAACAUCUAAGCCAGUGUCUCCUAAGAGACAUUCAGUUUCAUUUUCUACCUCAAGAGGCAUGUUUGAUGAUAGGCUGCCAAUGUCAAGCUGCGACAGUGGAUCACAGACAGGACGCACUCGGGUUGAUGGAAAAGAAUUCUUCCGCCAAGUCAGGAGCCGUUUGUCUUACGAGCAGUUUGGUGCCUUCCUGGCCAAUGUUAAAGAGCUAAAUUCCCACAAGCAAACGAGAGAAGAGACUUUAAGGAAGGCAGAAGAGAUUUUUGGCCCAGAUAACAGAGAUCUUUAUGCAAUAUUUGAGGGUUUGAUCAAUCGGAAUGUCCAUUAAAUCAGCUGAGCUGAAAUUGUACCUAGCUUUUGUGAUCUUCGGGUUUUUCCACUUUGUGACUUAUAUUACAUUUUUUGGUAUAAAAUACCUAAUAAAGCCUGUGUUGUGACACCUUCAGAAAUA